AUGGCUAUUCAACCAAUUAGUGCCGAGACUCGGGCUGCUAUUGCGGAUCUCAUCCUGCUCCGGGAAGAAUUCAUCAAGAACCGUCUCAUUUUCGUGAAAGGUGACCGCCUCAUCCCCAUUCUCAAGGUGCUUGGCGCCACCGACAAGGAUCUAGAGAAGAUGAAGACUGUGAGCGACACUUUGCGCGACGACCCCACUCUUCCGUUCCGGAAAAGCAAGAACGGGCGGUUCUGCUUCGACUUCGAGCAGUCGCAAGUCCGCCGCCUUGAGUUCCAGCCCUUCGCCUUGUCAGUGGAAGAAGACUUUGUGCGACACGACUCCGGCCAGAUCAGAAAGUUCCAGGAGGUCGACGAAGAUCUGCAGGGCAACUCGACACUACACGCUCUAUUUGUCUUCAAAGCCCUCAUCUUUCGCGGUGUCCCCAUCAAGCAACGCCCGAAACUCAACUAUGACACGGAAAACUUCGUAUGCACCCUCUUCAACUUGCGGACCGUGACCAACAAGGAUCUUGUGGGUGAGCCCGCGCUGGAAGGUGUGCACAGUGAUGGCGUCGAUUUCACCAUGACGACCUUCCUGGGCAGCGAGAACAUGACCAGCGACAGUGCGGUGACGUUUGUGCAUGACAUGCGCGCAAAGAACGCCCUGCGUUGGGAUGAAGUCGACCCUGCGCACACCCUGGGCAGCCACCAGCACCGGGACUUCCUGGACACAUUGCUCUUCGUCGACCACGAGAGGAAACACAGCCUGUCCCCUGUCCACGCGGUUGAUCCUGCAUGCCCCGCCACGCGGGAAAUGCUCAUUUUCUUCACGCGUAAGCCCGUGGUUGAGGGACACAUUUCACACCCCUAUGAUUCGCUCAACUCGCACCCCUCUCUGCCUAUGCGGGUGGAGUUGGCGUAA